AGAUAUUUUGUUUUACUUGUGUUUAUUUGGUUCAGAACAUAUAUUACCCAUUACUGUCCCGGUUUUAGCUAAUAGCCAUGGCGGAGAAAAAGCAAGCGACUAUUCCGAAACCUGUGAAGUUUCUUUUUGGUGGUACUGCGGGAAUGGGUGCUACGUUGUUCGUGCAGCCGCUUGAUCUUGUCAAGAAUCGCAUGCAGCUGCAAGGUGUUGGUGGAAGUGGUCCGCGGAGAAAUACUAUCCAAGUUCUGACCGGUGUACUCAGAAACGAAGGAAUCCGUGGAAUAUAUGCAGGUCUUGGAGCUGGCUUGCUACGACAAGCCACGUACACCACAACGCGCUUGGGAGUGUACACUUGGUUGUUCGAAGUUUUCUCGAGUGAACCUGGAAAUCCCCCAUCCUUCGCUGCAAAGGCUGGAAUGGGAAUGUUUGCUGGAGCCGUAGGUGCAUUUGUUGGAACCCCUGCUGAGGUGUGUCUCAUUCGCAUGACUGCUGAUGGGCGCUUACCUGUUGCCGAGCGACGGAAUUACACGGGAGUUGUGAAUGCACUUGCCAGAAUUGCAAAAGAAGAGGGCGUGACAACCUUAUGGCGUGGGGCAGUUGCUACCAUGAACAGAGCAAUGGCUAAGCAAGGGCUCCUUUCCACUGGCUGGUUUAGGGAUAACAUAAACUUGCAUUUCUGGGCGAGUAUGAUCAGCGGUUUGGUCACCACGACCGCUUCCAUGCCAGUUGACAUUGCAAAAACCCGAAUUCAAAAUAUGAAGUACGUCGACGGUAAACCCGAAUACAAAAACGCUCUUGACGUUUUCUCCCGGGUCAUACGACAAGAAGGACUUUUCGCGUUAUGGAAAGGAUUUACUCCAUAUUAUGCUCGACUGGGUCCGCACACAGUCCUUACAUUUAUCUUCUUGGAGCAGAUGAAUAAGGCAUAUUUCAGGUCGAUCGGCGCUGAAGAGUUUGUGAAUGUUUCAAAUCUCACAGUUUCAAUCUCUGGCAUUGCCAAGCGGUUGAUUACUCCAAUCUCAACAGCUAAUCCUGAGGAUUUGAUGAGUAGUGACGAGAGUGGGCCUUCGGAGAAGACUGCUUUGCUGGACGAGGGAUUGGCGCAAGGCCCUACCAGAAGAACUCAUGGAACGGUGGACGUGUCGUCAGCUGUAAGCGACCAUUCUGACAGAGAAGAACUUGAGUUGCGUCUUGCGAGGAAUCCCUUAGUAUCUGAAGGCAUUGAAAUGAGUGCCCCUGCUGCGCCGACGUCUACCUCCAAUCCUCAGCGUCCAGCUGAGGAAACAAUCGAGCUCAAGUAUGGCGCAGAGCAUGUCAUCAAACUCUUUGUCCCCGUCUCACUUUGCAUGCUUGUUGUCGUGGCAACGAUCCGCACCAUCUCAUUCUACACUGAGAAAGGCCAGUAUUUGCCCUACACACCAUUCCACGAAGAAACUACCGACCAGGGAACCAAAGCUUGGAUGAGUGUUGCCAACUCUGCUAUCUUGAUCGGCGUGAUUGCCACGCUGACGUGCUUCUUGAUAGUUUUGUACAAGUUCCGGUGUUACAAAAUAAUUCACGGAUGGCUCUUGCUCUCAUCGCUGCUACUUUUAUUUUUCUUCAGUUACGUAUUUCUGGAAGAAGUGUUGAAAACUUAUGAAAUUCCAAUUGAUUAUGUCAGCGUAAGUUUCAUCAUGUGGAACUUCGGUGUGGUUGGGAUGGUUGCAAUUCAUUGGAAAGCUCCACUUCUGUUGCAGCAGGGAUAUUUGAUUUUUGUGGCCGCAUUGAUGGCUUUGAUUUUUAUAAAGUUUCUACCGCCCUGGACCGCGUGGGUUGUGUUGGCCUUCAUUGCGGUUUGGGAUUUGUUCGCAGUUUUGUUCCCAAAGGGUCCGUUGAGAAUUUUGGUUGAAACCGCGCAGCAGAGGAAUGAACCGCUAUUUCCUGCAUUGAUUUAUUCUUCAAAUUUGGUUGGAAUGAGCGAACCAGCACCCGGUGGGCAUGUUGGGACAGAUUGGGAAGAAGAUGAUGACGAUCGGGGUAUCAAGCUUGGAUUGGGAGACUUUAUCUUUUACAGCGUUUUAGUGGGAAAGGCUGCGUUGAGUGGGGAUUGGAAUACCACUUUAGCUUGUUUUGUUGCAAUUUUGAUCGGAUUAUGCGUCACUUUACUUCUGCUUGCGAUUUUCAGGAGGGCCUUGCCGGCUUUGCCAAUUUCAAUAUUUUUUGGAUUGGUGUUCUAUUUUGCUACGAGUAUUGUUGUUGCGCCGUUUUGUAACAUGCUCUCCGCUAAGCAGUGCAAUUCGUAUCGUUAUGCUGUUAAUGAUGGGGCAGAGGAAGGUUUUGUCCUGUGGGCUUACAAAGCUAGUGUUUUACGUCUGAUCUUCUUCUAUAUCUUUAAUGUGCUCUUCCUUGGAUUUCCGUUGGUUCUGGCCUAUUGGAGGCCGGAUUGGGCUAUUGCAUGGAAGUUUCAGCAAUGUUCGCUGAUGGAGGCCGAAGUCAUCUAUAUUCAGGAUGCCGCUAAUCAAGUUCACAUUGUCAAGAUGGAAGUUUUGAAGCUGCCAAUCGAGGAAGGUGUGCGUCAGUUCAUCGAAGAAGUGGUUCGAAUGGGUAUUAUUCCAUCAACGUGCAUUGAGAGUCAGAACGAAGAAGAAGAAGAAUCAAAUGAGUCUUCGAGCGUUUUGUCAGAAGAAACUCCGAGCGUCCUCACGCGUUUAAUAUCUCGCGAGGAAAGUGAUCCAUCAUUCAGCCUGCGCUUCUUUGUUUUCCGACAUCGAAAAUUUGUUUGGGAUCGUGGAAACGACAGGUUCUGCCAAAUGACUGGCAUGGCUGACCAGAACGUAAAAAUUAGCACCUUGGUGAACAUUUCGGAGGGAUUGGAUGCGGAGGAGCAAGCUUUCAGGCAGAAAUUAUUUGGUCAAAACUCCGUCAAUGUGGAAAUCAAAUCCUACUUCACCCUCCUGUUCACUGAAGUUGUGAAUCCUUUCUACAUUUUCCAAGUUUGUUCCAUUAUUCUCUGGAGCUUGGAUAACUACCUGUUCUAUGCAACCUGUAUUCUGCUUAUAUCAACCUUUUCGAUUGGGGUUUCGCUGUAUGAAACACGACAGCAAAGCGUUGUGCUGCACGACAUGGUCAGUGCAUCGAACUUGGGAACCGUACAAGUUUUGCGCCACAAUGGAGUGGUUGAAGAGAUAUCUUCCAUGAUGUUGGUUCCUGGUGAUAUUCUGGUGAUUCCUCCAAAUGGCUGCCUGAUGACAUGUGACGCAGCAUUAAUUCGAGGGACGUGUAUUGUUAACGAAUCUAUGCUAACAGGAGAAAGUGUUCCUGUCACUAAAACGGCUGUUACUCAGUGUGAAGAUCAAGAGAUGUAUUCCGCUGAUGGACACAAAAGACAUACAUUGUUUUCAGGGACUACAGUGAUUCAAACUCGUUUCUAUGGGCAUGACAAGGUGCUGGCCGUUGUGGUCAGAACCGGCUUUGAGACUUCUAAAGGAGAACUGGUUCGUUCUAUACUCUAUCCUAAACCAAUGAAAGGAUUCAGCUUCUACCUUGACUCCAUGAAAUUUGUUUUGAUCCUAUUCUGCCUUUCGGCGAUGGGAAUGGUGUACGUGAUUUAUCUGUACAUUGAGAGAGGAGCUGAACUCUCGAGGAUCUUAUUGCGAAGCCUGGAUAUCAUCACUGUUGUUGUACCGCCGGCAUUGCCUGCUGCAAUGACCGUUGGGACCGUGUAUGCGCAAAACCGGCUGAAGAAACAAAGUAUUUUUUGCAUAUCUCCUCCGCGUAUCAACGUCAGCGGAAAAUUGAAGCUUUUCUGUUUUGAUAAGACUGGAACACUGACUGAAGAAGGAUUGGAUUUGUGGGGUGUUGUUCCAGCAGAGGAUGCAAGGUUUUUGAGUCCGGUAAUGCAUCCUUGUCCACCGUUCCUCAGAAAAGAAAGUCAUAUCAUGACAGCUUUAGCGUGCUGCCAUUCUCUAACAAUAAUCGAUGGCAGCUUGACCGGUGAUCCGUUGGAUGUCAAGAUGUUCGAAGCAACGCGAUGGGAGUUGGAGGAACCGGAAUCUGUGUCGGAAGAGUCUCGAUUUGAUCUGCUUGUACCCUGUAUUGUGAGGCCACCGAAUCCAUCCGGAUUUCGCAGAAGUGAGCUUUCUGCCAUGGGAAAAGCGUCAUUGCUUCCCAAAAAUUCCGAGGAACAACUGGUUGAUUUGUCUCCACAAAAAGGGGAAAAGGUUAUGAAGGAGUGUUCCACAAGUGAGGGGGAUAAUGUGCUGAGUGUUCAACCUCCCACCUCGGAAGAGUAUGAAGAUUUCAGUCUUAUGGACGAGACCGAAUUUCAAAUUCCGUAUGAAGUUGGUAUUGUCCGCCAAUUUCCGUUCACCUCCAGUCUACAACGAAUGUCCGUGAUAACUCGAACUUUGGGGAAGCCAAAUAUGGAGUUCUACUGUAAAGGAGCUCCGGAAAAAAUCGUGGGCUUGUGCAACGAAAAGUCACUGCCGAUACAUUUUCAAAGGCGUUUGGAGCAAUUCACUGUUUUGGGCUUUCGUGUGAUAGCAUUGGCAUUUAAGGAACUUGACAGGAAAGUCACAUGGCAUCAUUGUCAACGAGCCAAGAGAGAAUCCUUCGAGGAAAACCUGCAAUUUCUCGGAUUUUUGGUGCUUCAAAACACUUUGAAGGGUGAAACAACGCCAGUUAUUAAGGAACUCACGAAUGCCCGAAUCAAAUCUGUUAUGGUGACUGGUGAUAAUCUGCAUACUGCCAUAUGCGUCGCAAGAGAGUGCACGAUGGUUGCCGCGGGAGAACACGUGGUGAUAGUGAAUGCCGGUGUCCCGGGGGAAGGUUCACUUCAACAACCUCCAUGGAUAGCGUUUGAACUUGCCGAUAUCCCCUCUCUUCCCACCCCUACGUUUGAUGGGAAUUCGUUUCACGAGUUCCAGCGAACGCAGUCAAUGAUCGGAAAUGGUGAAGGAACGAAGUUUUCCACUGAGGAACCCGUUGUCUACGCGAUGAACGGGAAAGUGUGGAGCAUUUUGAGGAGUCACUUUCCCUACUUGAUUGCGCCAAUUCUGAUGAAAGCGAAGAUUUUUGGCAGGAUGGCGCCGGAUCAAAAGGCACAACUAAUCGAAGCGUAUCAAGAGUUGGGAUUCAUUGUUGGCAUGUGUGGUGAUGGAGCAAAUGAUUGUGGGGCACUGAAGACGGCUCACGUGGGAAUUAGUUUAUCCGAAGCGGAGGCUUCUGUUGCCGCCCCGUUCACGUCAAAAAUAACCAACAUUCAGUGUGUACCCAUCGCAAUCAGAGAAGGCAGAUGUGCUCUAGUCACUUCAUUUGGAGCCUUCAAGUACAUGGCCUUGUACUCGCUCGUGCAAUUUUUUUCGGUUCUCAUUCUCUACACUCGCAAGACGAAUCUUGGAGACACUCAGUAUCUCUACAUUGAUUUGUUCAUCACGGGUACGGUUGCUGUCCUCAUGGGUCAUUCUCAGGCGUACCCGACAUUGAACAAGAAGAGACCUCCUGGAAGCCUAGUGAGCCCGCGGAUCAUUGCUUCUCUCGUCGUUCAUUCAUUGCUGUCAUCUGGAGCUCAGUUGGGAGCAUUUUAUAUCCUUACUCGGCAGCCGUGGUUUGUACCGAUCACAGCGAAUUCUCCGGAAGAAGUGAUUCAAUGCUGGGAAACGACAGUUGUAUUCCUUGUGAGCUCGUUCCAGUACCUCACACUAGCCGUGGUAUUUUCGAGAGGACCUCCCUUCAGGAAACCGCUGUACACCAAUUACUUAUUUUUGUUCGCUCUGCUUGUGCUGGGGAGUUUCAACGCAUUUUUACUCCUGUAUCCAGUGGAGCCAUUCAUUUCAUUUUUCGAAUUACAAACAAAUGCUGAAGGGCCGGUCAACCUUUUGACUUUCAGGUUGACGCUGCUCAUAGUCCCGUCUGCCCAUGCCAUAGUUGCCUUCUUAAUUGAGCUGUUGCGAGUGAUCGGUACUGCUUUUCAGAAUCAAGCCAUAGAAAGAAAGUGGUUCCGGAAGUUCAUGAGAUCACUGGUUCCGAAAAAAGUACCCAAAAAUCGGUACAAGUUGCUUGAAAAGCAGUUGGUUUCUAUGGGUGACCGAUGGCCGCCGGUAGUUGGUAAGAAAUUGUACCCGGAUGACGAAGAACUUGCUGACUUCGAUGGUGAAAAAUUAAAAGAGCUGGGCAGUGAUUGGACAAGCUGUCCUUACGAUAUAAGCCACAUUGUGCUGAAAUCCCGUCUUCCGUUUCACUUGGCGCGCAAUCAUGCUAAUAGCAGUGAGAUGAGCGUUUGUUGCUUUGACGCAUUACACGUGAUCAGAAAGGAGCAGUUGGAGGAGCAUGAGAAGAAUUGUCCUAAGAGAGCUCUGUUCGAAGACCUUUCGGCUGUCAAUUGUGGAACUCAUGCGACCCUCGAAACGUUUGAUUGCGUUGGAAAUGAGGUGGUCAGUGAAGAGAUGUGGGGUAUGGAAACCAAUAUCGUUAUUUUGCCCAGUGUGAAGGAUUCGCAUUACCAAAAAAGGCCGCUGAUGAAUCGCCCGAAGUACGAGAAGAGGAUCAUCAGGAAUCAAUUUGCCGAAAAGAAGGUAGCUGAUUUUGCGAAAAUGUUGGAUGCUCCCAAGGAAGACGGAUAG